GUGUGAAGUCAGCUGCCUGGACUGGACUGCAGGGUACUGACGGGUACAGGCGGGUACUGGCAGGGGGAAGGCUGGGGUAGUGGGAGGGCAGGGGAGGUUAGGACACCUCCCGCAGCCUGUGGUCUGUACAGAGCGUACGGGGUCUGUGUUUCAAGCCGGGGCGGAGGUGGAGGAGAGGAGAGGGGGGAAGGAGGGAUUUGUGAUUUGCUGAGCAGCAGCAGCAGUCUGAUGGUUCGGUGCGCUCAGACUAAGAGAGGAGCGGGGAGGAGUGCAGAGGAGGGAGAGACUCUGUGAUGCGGUGACACAUGGCUGACUGUACCGCCUGCAUGCUCUGACUGCGGCUUCCACUUUCCAUUGACCGGGAAACAGGACCGGCUGGACACUGGGAUGCUGAGAGAGGCUGCUGGGAGGCUGGAGGCUGCCGCAACCACCGACCAGGAUCAAGCACAGACACACGGGCUGUGAAGAGACCGGGGACCAGAAUCUAUACUAUAGACUGCUGAUAGGACAGCCCGCUGACCAUACUGCCUCUUGUGUUGCCAGAGGAUUCUUAUCCCUGCCGGGCUGCCGUAGCGAUGGGAGAUAACAUGUCCAAGCGGCUGAAGCUGAUCUCGGCUACAGAGGCAGAGAUGGAGGAGCGCUCCUUCCCAAACCCCCACCCUGACUGGGACCAAGGACUCCUUACCUCCACCUCCGGAGCAGACGUGGACUACAAUGAGCCGUUUGACGCAGAGGGAAAGGUGAGUGCAUCAUUCCAGAAGAAGGUCCAGAAUAAGAUCAAAGAUCUCCUCCAGCAAAUGGAGGAGGGCCUGAAGACGGCCGACCCUCAUGACUUCUCCACUUACACCGGCUGGACAGGCAUUGCCUUGCUGUACCUCCAGCUGUACCGUGUGUCCCAGGAGGCCUCCCACCUGCAGAGGGCACUGGACUACGUGAAGAGGACCAUGAGGAUCCUGAACGGCCGCAAAGUGACGUUCCUGUGUGGUGACGCGGGGCCGCUCGCAGUGGGUGCAGUGGUCCACCACAAAUUGAACAACACUGCCGACAGCAAGGACUGUCUGUCCAGGCUCCUCCAGCUGCAGCGGUCAGUGCUGAGCCCAGACUCCGACAUACCAGAUGAGCUGCUUUACGGCCGGGCGGGAUACCUUUAUGCUCUGCUCUACGUGAACAAAGAGAUGGGAGCUGACACGGUGGAUGAGGACACCAUUACAAAGGUGGUGACGGCCAUCGUGGAGUCGGGGAAGAACAUGUCAGCAGAGCAGAAGAAGACGGAUCGCUGCCCUCUGCUCUAUGAAUGGCACAAGAAGCAGUACAUCGGUGCUGCCCACGGCAUGGCCGGCAUCUAUUACAUGCUCAUGCAGCCAGGAGCAAAGGUCCAUCCAGACAUUCUGGCAGAGUUGGUCCGUCCCAGCAUCGACUACGUCCGCCACAAGAAGUUCCGUUCAGGGAACUUCCCAUCAUCACUGAGUAACGAGAGUGACCGGCUGGUUCACUGGUGCCACGGAGCCCCUGGAGUCAUCCAUAUGUUCAUCAUGGCUCAUAAGGUGUUUAAAGAGGAGAAGUAUCUGAAGGAGGCUGCAGAAUGUGCUGAGGUGAUCUGGCAGCGGGGCCUGCUCAGAAAAGGCUACGGUAUCUGCCACGGCACAGCCGGAAACGGCUAUGCCUUCCUGACCCUUUACAAGCUAACCCAGGAGAAGAAAUACCUGUACCGUGUCUGCAAGUUUGCUGAGUGGUGUUUGGCCUAUGGGACCCACGGCUGUCGCAUCCCAGACAGACCCUACUCUCUUUUUGAAGGUAUGGCAGGGACCAUCUACUACCUAUCAGAGUUGGCGAACCCUGAAGCUUCCUGUUUCCCUGCCUUUGAACUUUGACCUGCCAACUGUCAAGACUGAGGAUGAUGAAGAGGGACAGGACAACCUGUUUUGGAAGUGGACUUUAGUGUUUGCUUGAACACUGCACAAGGACUAUUUGUGCUACAGCUUUCAGCCAUGGUCAAGACGAAGACGUGACCGAAUCUGAAGAUCAGACUGGAACUGAGCAGAGUGCAACUGAUACAAAAAGACAAAGGGAGGGUUAUUUUAGGACAAAGCUACAGGUUGAAUGUUGAUCCAGUGAAAAUAAAGCAGCAGGUGAACUGAAGAGGAUUAUGGCAAUGGAGAUUUCCCUUCUUGAAGAUGAACACUUACAUUGUCACAACAUUGUCAGUUUUUGUGAGUCCUUCAGCUCCAAGGUCCCCUGCCAUCCUCUAGUGUGUUGUUGGGGUGAAGACAAGGACCCCGUGUCUUCUCCUAACCCAAUCCAAUUUCUUGCCAGCUGGCAUGGACACAGAUGAACAUACUGUACGCCCUCAGCCUUUAAUAUUGUAGCACCUAGGCCAAGAAAGAGGGUGUGUGAGUGGAUGUGUGUGUGGAUGUGUAUGUGUGUGAAGUGAACUGAAGCUGUUUUGGUAUUUCUAUGCCUCUGCAUGCUCACUGUAACUGGUUCUUGGUGCCUCAUAGCCUGUCAGUGUAGUGCUGUCCUCUUCCUAUAUUUGUAGCUGUGCUGUCUCACUUCUUCAUUUGUCACAUUGUGGGUAUUAGUUUCUCUGUCAUCUUUCACUUCAUUAACAAGUCAAACCAAGCUCAGUGCCACUUUUAAGAUCACCAUUUUUGUCAAGCUGACCAGUACAUCAGCUGUGAAGUCAGAUUGUUUCUGGACGUAGCCUCUGUUUCCCAAAAUCCAAAAGCUAUUGUUAGGUAGCCACUUAGCUAGUUAACCAGCUAGUUAAAUGUCCCCGGACACCGAAGCAGAGGAUCUUUUCCCACAAUGUGACAAGUGUGUGAUGAACUGAAAUAAAGAUUAGAAUACUGUCCUGAAAAAGUUUUUAUAUUGGCCACCAGAAAGUCCUGAAACCAGUCCUAGCUAGCUUGUUAGCUUGCACUUAGUGGCACGCUUUGGAUUUCAGUUAAGUAUCAAAAUACUUUAAAAUAAAUAAUUGAGUUGUUAGUAUUGCCACACAAGGAUUUGAUAUGGCACAUGAUGCUUUAAAUUAUUUAGGGGCUGGAACACAAAAAGACUUAAAUUGACCUGUGUUGGUCCUGCUCUUACUUUCCCCACCACAGCAUGUGCUAAUUCUGUUUGGCUUCAGUUGCUCUCUUCACCUGUAACAUACUGCUUUGAACAGCUGUAAAAUCAGACAUCUGUCUCGUGCACACUCAUGAGUUUUUAGAUCAGAAAUGGAAUCAAGCAUGGAGGCGGUGAAGCUUAUUCAGUUCAAACCUGACACCUGAUGUUUGAACUACUGCGUUGUUGUUUAAUUAAACCAAAUGGGACAUGAAUUUCACGAGUUUUCUUCUAUGAGCCCCCAAAAUAAUGUCUGCAUUGUCAGCUAAAACUGAAACUCCCCAACUACUAUUCUAUGUGCCAUCUAGAAACAAGACUGGGUACCACCAGGGUGCCUGGUUACCAUUUAGGCUCAGGUGUCAUUCAGGUUAAGUCUCCUAUGAGAGCUGUUACAUGUUUUCUAAAUGUUCAGUUGAAUGCUAACAGUCUAGCCAUUUUAGUCUAGAGUGGGCAAAUGCAUAAAAACAAACCCACAUUUGCUCUUCUGCGUUGGGAUUAAUAAUGUAGGAUGUGUUGUGUCCACAUUGCUUUGUGGAAAGUGAAAAUCCUGAACGCUAAUUUGAAAUAUGAACAACUGCAGCUAAAAAUGUUUUGUAACAUUACAGUAAGUGGCAUAAGGGCUUAUUAAUGCUCAGCAUGUAUUAAUAAUAUAAAAGAGUGUUAAUUAAAAUGAUGCCAAAUAUAUAUUAUGUGAAUCAUUAUUUUAUGUUUCAGUCAGGCUACAAAUAUAUUUCACUAGCAGACCUGAUUAGAUCAUAACGACACACAAUAAUGAGUGAUUUGGUUUAUUUAAGAAAACUAAAAUUGAAGUUGUCGUGAUCAGUUUUUUUUUCAGCAUUAAGCUGCCUUCAUUGGACUGUUAACAUUAGGAUGUUGACAUAGUUUAGUCCAGUCAGUCCUGAGCCUAGAUGGUAGCCAUCAUGGUCGGCGUGAUACCAACAGCGAGAGGAAAUAAAUAAAAAAUGUGUCCAAUAAUCCCGACAGCACAUGAAUGCACAUAAAUGCCUGAUUCUCUUGCAGAGGUCUUGUCAUGAAUGUUUGCAUGAGGAUGUCACAUAUAAAAUGUGUGUGUGUUCAUCUGUCAGAGUUUGUCCAGGUUCACUGGUCCUGAAAUGUUUGGUAUAGAUUUGGAUUCUGAUCCCAGUGGUGACGAGUGUUUGACCUUUGUCCUGUCUGUGUAUUUGAUUAGUUUUCCUCAUUAAGUGACAUGAUAGAUGUCUUCAUUGUUUUUCAUGCAAGGUUUGUUAUUGUUGGAAAUAAAGAAUGAAUAGAGCUCCUGUA